AUGGCGGCGGCGGAGGCGGCAGCGGCUCCUCCGGCCGGCGGCGGGGGCUGCUCGCCGGCGGGCGGCGGCGGCUCCGUGCCGGUGCUGUUCUGCUUCUCCGUGUUCGCGCGUCCCUCCAGCGUGCCGCACGGCUCCGGCUACGAGCUGCUCAUCCAGAAGUUCCUCAGCCUCUACGGGGACCAGAUCGACAUGCACCGCAAGUUCGUGGUGCAGCUCUUCGCCGAGGAGUGGAGCCAGUACAUAGACCUGCCCAAGGGCUUCCUGGUCAGCGAGCGCUGCAAGGUGCGCCUGGUGCCGCUGCAGGUGCAGAUGACUACUUUGGGCAACCUGACGCCCUCAAGCACUGUGUUUUUCUGUUGUGAUAUGCAAGAAAGGUUCAGACCUGCCAUCAAAUACUUUGGUGAUAUCAUCAGUGUAGGUCAACGACUGCUUCAAGGUGCACGGCUCUUAGGAAUUCCAGUUAUUGUAACUGAACAGUAUCCCAAAGGUCUUGGCAGCACUGUACAAGAAAUUGAUUUAACGGGAGCCAAACUUGUACUUCCGAAAACAAAAUUUUCAAUGGUAUUGCCAGAAGUAGAAGCAGCAUUAGCAGAAAUUCCUGGAGUCCGCAGUGUUGUCUUGUUUGGAGUAGAAACUCAUGUCUGCAUCCAGCAAACAGCACUGGAAUUGAUUGGCAGAGGUUUGGAAGUUCAUAUUGUAGCUGAUGCCACCUCAUCAAGAAGCAUGAUGGACAGAAUGUUUGCUCUUGAGCGUCUUGCUCGUACUGGAAUUAUAGUUACUACUAGUGAGGCUAUAUUGCUGCAGCUGGUAGCUGAUAAAGAACAUCCGAAAUUCAAAGAAAUCCAAAAUCUCAUUAAGGCAAGCGCCCCUGAGUCGGGGCUCCUUUCCAAAGUUUAAAGAGGAUAUGAUGGAAGAGAAAUAUAUCGUGUCCUUUAAGGAUGAAGGAAAGCUGUAAGCGCACAUGCACACGUUCUUUCACACAAAGUCUGGCAGAAAUGUAAAAUUAAAAAUUGACAUAUUUGUUCUUGCCUUAGCAAAAAUGGUUUGGUUAUACUUCUCAGUGCCGGUGUAUUCUGUUCAGUCACAGCUGUCAAAGGCUAUUGAUACCAUAGAAACCUUUUGUUGUCAGAUUUCCUAUUUAUUAAAAAAAAAAAAAAAAAAAGUUAACAGGUGCCUGCUAGUCUCUAUACCCACUGAUUGUAACGGCUCCAAAAAGUGCAUAUUUCUGUGAAACUUCUUCAUUGUGCCCUUUGUAAAAGUGUAUUGUGGUAUUAUGUUUUACUUUUGUAUUAAUAGAAGAUAAUUGCAUAUUGGAUAACUGUGAUGUGAUAAUCUCUAAUGAUCUACAUAAAUGAAACUAUUUUAAUAGAGCAGAAUUUAAAAAUAAGAUAUGAACUGUAUGCAUUUUUGUUCUCUAAAGUAAAAUUUAAAUGCUUUGCUUCUUCAGUAGGCAAGAUGCAUAGAUCAGACAGCAGUUGAUGUUUGAUUGCUUUAGAUAGCUGGAGCUUGCGUCAUGAUUUUCAGGUAUGCUGAACUUCUGACUUCCCAACCCUCCUAAUUUAACAGUACACUUUAAUAAUAAUAAUAAUAAAAAUAUUUAAUGUGAUCUAUACAAAGAAUUGAUGUAAAGUCAUUCAGAACUAGGAGAAGUUUACCAAAGAUUUAAAUAAAUUGCCAACUCUAAACAAUUAAAGAGCAAAACCUUUUCAGCUCUUAAUACUACAUCUGGUACUAUAUUUUGAUUUACUUUUUUUUUUUUUUUUUUUCCCUCCCCCAUGGUUAGAUUUAAUAAUCUUCAUCUGAUUUCCGUCAUGGUCAAGCAAGCUCUGAAAUAAACCUCAGCUUUUCUAGGUAGGUGCAUAGUCUUGUAGGCUGCAGCGGGGUGGAGGUCGAACAGAAUCUGGCUAAAAAGCGUUGUUCAGAAAAAUAGCAUCUGUAACUUGUUGAUAUAUAUUUUCUAUCUAGAACCAAACUUUUAACACGUGACUGUUCAUAAAGGCACUUUCUUCAUGUCCUAAUGGCUUAAAAAUGUUAUGUAAAGUUUACAGUGCAACUGUGACAUUUAUUUUUUUAAGAGAAAUUCUAGAUGAUGUCAUAUUGAACACUGAUCUCUUUGGUAGAAAACUAAUUACAGUACAUAUAUUGUUUUAAAUUGCUUAUUUUCCCCACAAGAUGGCUCUAAAGGAAUUGUUUUGGAGAGUUAUAACCUUUAUAUGUUCAAAGCAAAUAAAAUGUUAACAUUUAC